GCAUUAACUAUAUUGGAAGAGCCGAACUGGUUUGUGACUGCAGCCUGCAGUUGUUCUGUUGUUGGUAACAGAAGAAAAAUAGUGACUGAAGCAUCUUGAUGCAAGAUGUCUCUCUCCAAAACCGCUUAUUUGCCAUCCUUGAAAAUGUUUAUUAUUUGGAUGACGCUUCUUGGAUGUUUGGCUGUGAAAGGUUCUGAGCUCGAGGCUGCUGGUAGCGGUGCUUCUCCGCUCAUCUUCUAUGCUAACCGAGACAGUAUCAGGUACAUAAGCACAAGAAACGUUUCAGUGCAAGGAGUUCUGAUAUCGGGUCUAAAUGAAGUCAGAUCUUUGGCCUUAUAUGUAAGGCCUGGUUGGAUUUUCUGGAGUGAAUAUGGCAGUACCACAACUAUUAACAGAAUGCGUCUCUCUGCCGGUGCCACCAAACAAAAAAUAUUAGAUGGUUUGGGCGAGGUGCAUGACAUUGCAGUGGAAUGGGAGUCUGCUCUAAUCUACUGGACAGACUAUUUGCACGAAACAAUUGAAGUUGCUCGCAUUGAUGGGUCUUACAGAAAGACGCUCUUUUGGGAAAAUGUGGCAAAUCCUCGGGCAAUCGUGGUGGAUUCUCGGAAUGGUUACAUGUACUGGUCUGAAACUGGAUGGGACUAUCCCAGGAUCGAACGAGCUACCCUUGCUGGAACGGAGAGAACAAUCAUAAUGGAAGAGCAUCCAGGAAUUAUUCCAAAACUUUUAAUCAAUGGUUUGGUCAUAGACUUCUCUUCUAAUCUGUUGUAUUGGGUGGAUGCACAAACUGAUAUCGUAGAGCGAAUGAAGUUGGAUCAAACAAAUAACGCGGAAACGGUACAUACGACCACAAGUCAAAAUUUGUACUCCUAUGGUCUGACAUUGUACGAGGAUAUUCUGUACGCAAGCGAGCUACGAAGCCGUAGUAUCGAGAGGAUAAAUGUCACUGCAGGAGAACAUUUAAGGAACAUGGGGUGGUUGACCGAAAAGAUGACCUAUCGUAUCGCUCUGAAUAGUUCAUCUAGGGAGCCGUCAGGCAUGGCUGACUGCCAAACCGACUCAAAAUGCACUCAUCUUUGUUUGUUGACCCCGACUGGCUUCCAGUGCGCAUGCUCAAAUGGUUUCAAACUGCUGCCAGAUAAUGUUACUUGUAACGCCACUGGACAGCCUCCCAAACCACCUGUAGCAGCAAUCGAGGUUAGGCUAAUGUUUGGAAACGCGCCAUCGAUUCUCGAGGGAAGAAUUGAAGUCCGGAUGAAGGGACAACCCAAUGAAUGGGGAACAGUUUGUGAUGAUCACUUUGACAUGCGAGAUGCUCAGGUCGUGUGCCGCAUGCUCAAUCACAGUGGAGCUGAGUUCGUUGGGUAUUACGGUUCUGGAUCAGACGAUUCUCGAAUUUGGCUCGACAAUUUGAAAUGUCGGGGAGACGAGGACUCACUAAUGGAGUGUAAGCACCGUGGAUGGGGCCAGACAAAUUGUGGCCACUUCGAAGAUGUUGGUGUUAAAUGUAAAAACGACAGUGCUCCAACACCACCGGUAGUCGCUCCAAAUAUGACCAAAGGACUACCUGCAAAUAUAACAAUUCAGUUACGCGGAGGGCCUACUAAACACGAAGGUUUUGUAGAAAUCACACAUGAUGGAAAAGUGGGUACAAUAUGCGACAACGAUUUUGAUAUCAAAGACGCACAUGUAAUCUGCAGAAUGCUAGGAUUUGAAGGAGCUUGGUCGACUAUGUGUUGUGGACGGUACGGGACUGGGACUGGUGAAAUAUGGUUGGAUAACUUACAGUGCCUUGGAAAUGAAACUUCCUUGUCAGAAUGUCCACAUUUAGGCUGGGGGAAUUACAAUGGUGUCUGUACUCAUGCGCGUGAUGCUGGAGUGUACUGUAUACCUAAGCCUGUUAUACCUCCAGACAACAUAAUUCGCUUGGUUGAGGGGACAAGUGAAAAUGAAGGCAGGGUUGAAAUCUUCCACAAGGACCGAUGGGGCACGAUAUGCGACGAUGGCUGGGACCUUAAAGACGCCAAUGUGAUCUGUCGCAUGCUAAACUACAGUGGCGCCUUGGCUGCUCCUAUCAUUUCUGCUUACGAUGUUGGUUCUGGGCAGAUUUGGCUGGACGAAGUAAACUGUUUGGGAAAUGAAUCCAGUAUCUAUGACUGCCCUCAUGGAGGAUGGGGAAAUCAUGAUUGCUCACACCUCCAAGAUGCCGGUGUUAUUUGCCAGACAAAUGAGAGUGCUCUGCCGUCUUACGACAGCAAGAAAAGCCUGCUGUUUUCUGAACACUGGCGCGGAAUUAUAUUUCAAGUCAACUUAGAAGGAGACGACCACCGAGCCGCCCCUUUACCAAUUGAUCAUCUUCGCGGCGUUUCUGCUGUCGGCUUUGAUCCCAUAGAAGAGCUCGUGUAUUUUGCAGAAUAUGGUCCAGGGAUAAUCCAGCGUUCACAUCUUAAUGGAAGCAAUGCUGAGACUAUUGUCAAUGGUAUUUAUUACGCAAACCGUCUAGCAAUCGAUCAUCUUACCCGCAACAUCUACUUCACAGACAGUUCUAAAUACAGAAUUGAUGUGGCUACCUUGGAUGGGAAGCACCGAACAGGUUUGAUUUCUACAGUUUGGCCAGAGGGACUAGCUUUGGACCUUAAAAAUGGACACAUUUAUUGGGCAAGCCAAGGAUUCCCGCCAACGAUUGAAAGAGCAGACUUGGAUGGAAAUAAUCAACAGGUCAUUAUCACUUUGACAGAAGAUUCCUAUCCCAGUGGGUUGACGGUAGAUUACGAUUUGAAUCGUUUGUACUGGACCGAUAGAGGUGUUUUCGAAGUAUAUUACAUUGAUUUACAAACUCGUCAGAACUACGCCUUCAUAACUAGAGAGAUAAUAGAUCCGAUAGACUUGGCCAUUCAUCAUGACACCGUGUACGUGACGGAUUUAGGAAGCGGCGACGCAUGGGAUGGUGGCAUUUACAGCUCUCAAUUAGCUGGUCCUGGAAAUUUUUCGCAGCAGAAUAGCAACAUCUCCAAAGUAAUUGACUUGAUGAGGUACACCUGGGGUAUAGAUUCUUAUGACAAAGACAACAUUUUCCACACGGCCCCCCGUGGAUGCCAGCGGAGUGACCAGCAAUGUAGUCACCUUUGCCUCAAUACUCCUUCCGGACCACAUUGUGUGUGCCCCAACGACAUGGAGCUGGUAAACUCCACCACAUGUAGGUAUCACCGGUUAAUUCUGCAUACCGAGUGUUACUUCAGCGAGAUCUACAAGUCUCCAUUGGGUGCAGAUGACCUGUUUUCAGUGGCAAAUACUCUGCCUCUUGAGAACGUGGCCUGCCCAUCUGCUAUCGCAUCUCACUCUGCAAUGGAGAAGAUUUACUGGACGGACUUGACAAUGAAACAUAUUGCGCGAUCCAACCUGGAUGGUACAGAUGAGGAAGUAAUUGUACAAAAUGUGAGCUACUCUGUGGCAAUUGCUGUGGACAGCUAUGCAGGAAAUAUAUAUUUCACUGACAGAGAUAAGAAAACAGUUGAAGUCGCCAAACUCGAUGGAAAGUUCAGGACAGUUCUUAUUCAGAGCCAAACGCAUGAUCUGGUUGGCCUGGCGAUUGAUACCCAACGAGGAUAUAUGUACUACUCUGCCUGGGGAAACCCACCGAUGAUCAACAGAGCUCAACUGGACGGAAGCGAUAUAACCCCAAUAGUGGAGUUCAAUGAAUUUCCCUAUCAGCGACCCACCGCACUAGCUAUAGAUGUGGACGAAAACGUUUUAUAUUGGGUAGGAGAUCAGGAUCCUAGCUUGCAGUACAUCGACCUUCGAUAUCCAAAAAGUGAAAUUGUGUAUCAUAUCAACUAUAGCAAUUACUUACAUUACCCCCUGGGGCUUGCUCUUGAUGCUCACUAUUUUUACUGGACGGACUGGUUGCUAGGAAACGUCAUAAGAGCCAGCAGAGGUCCGAAAUCGGUCGUUGUCCAGCUGAUUCCUUACCAGUACACACCAAGAGGCGUCAACAUAUUUAACCCUGAUGAUGUACAAGAUUAUCAUCCAUGUGUUGAAGAAUGCGGUCAUCUUUGCCUUUUGAAACCUGGUGGCUAUAAAUGUGCAUGUACCGCCGAAACCGUUACUCCCUGUGUUGAGAGCAUUAACAUUACGAAUGUUUUUGGCUGCACCGAUGACCCAAGUAUCUAUUUCAUUGACGACCAUCACAUCAAAUGUUUUCAUUUGGAUUCCACUAACAAGACUUACGUCAACCCUAAGACAGUGAAGGAUGAUGUCAUUAAGGGAGGUGCAAUUGAUAUAGACCAUCGGGAGAGAAUGGUAUUUUGGAGCGAUAACGCCCUCUGGACUUUAAAUCGAAUGAACCUCGUCACUGGCGAAAGUGAGAAUCACGACAAUCACUGUAAACGCAAUCAAAAUGUAAACAUUGAAACAUUCUAUAAUGACUUUAGAAGGUACAUGUUUUGGACAGAUUAUGGAUUUGAUCAUCCAAGAAUUGAACGAGCAGAUCUUACUGGUGAAAAUCGAAAAAUCGUGGUUGAAUUUGGAGUUGACUGGUACUCUCAAAUUUUCCCUAUGAGCGUCAUAAUUGAAUAUAACACCGAUACUAUCUAUUGGAUAGAUCGAUACGACAAUUACAUCGAUAGAGCAGACCUAGAUGGGAGAAACAAAGGCACUUUGAAGUUCAUCGGGCAUAACAUAAAUCCAGCGGAUCUAGCUUUGUAUGGCGUCAACUUUUACUGGGUGGACAGGAAUAGUCGUAGCAUCGAGUAUUUCAAUAAGACGGAGAGUAGAGGCCUGCAUUACAACUUCGGACACCUCACGGAUGACACGCCAGCAGGUGUUGUGGUAUCAGACGAGUCAAGACAACCAGUUGCAUCCCCAAUGAACAGGCCACCUUGUCGUAUUAACAAUGGAGGGUGCAGUCAUCUGUGUUUACUUGCUCCCAGUGGAGGAAGCAAAUGCGCAUGUCCAAAUGGUGUACAAUUAGAAGCCGAUAGCAGGACCUGUAGUAACGCUACUCAGCCAACAACACCACCACCGCCUGUACCAGAUCUGAAAGUACGUCUCAGUGGCUCAGACUCAUCUAACGAAGGUCGUGUUGAGGUGUAUCAUCAAGGAAGAUGGGGAACAGUCUGCGAUGAUCACUGGGGCAUGAGUGAGGCUACAGUUCUCUGUAAAAUGUUGAACUUCUCGGGCGCCAUCCGUGUGGAAUCCUUUGGACCAGGAAACUAUUCGUUUCCCAUAUUAAUGGACAAUGUUAAGUGCCGCGGCGAUGAAAACAGUAUUGCUGCCUGUCAGCAUAAUGGAUGGGAGGUGGAGGAUUGUAGUCAUUCCGAAGACGUAGGAGUUGUGUGCAGGAAUGAUUCUAUUCCUCCCACUGAAGGUCCAACUUUAGACCCAGGACCUCACCCUGAACUGCAGGUAAAAUUACGCUCUGGACCCUCGUCAAAUCAAGGAAGAGUAGAACUUUAUCUAAACAACACGUGGGGAACCAUAUGUGACGACAACUGGGGAAUCGAGGAGGCAAACGUCAUCUGCCGCAUGUUGGGGUUCAGCGAAGGUGCUUGGAGUACACACUGCUGUGGCUGGUACGAUCGAUUUAGUGUACCAGACCAGAUUUGGUUGGACAAUGUGCAUUGCGUCGGUGAUGAAACAAGCAUUGCAGAGUGCCGCCAUGGUGGAUGGGGAAGUCACAACUGCCUCCACUCUGAGGACGUUGGGGUAGUCUGCAAAUAUACCCCAUUGCCCAGGCCAGAUCAAAUUUUGAGAUUAGCUGACGGGGUACGUGACGGCGAAGGAAGAGUGGAGAUAUUCCACGCUGGUCAUUGGGGAACUAUUUGUGACGAUUUCUGGGAUACAAGAGAUGCGCAAGUGGUCUGUGGCCAACUUGGAUAUAGCGAAGCCAUUGCUGCCCCUAGGUAUGCUACAUUUGGCGAAGGAAAUGGUCAUGUGUGGCUAGGUGACGUGAAUUGCCUAGGCAACGAAAGCUCGAUUGAAGACUGUCCUCACCGUGGAUGGAAUGUAAACGGUUACUGCUAUCACGAGGAAGAUGCUUCGGUGGUCUGUUUAAAUGGAACUCAGACUCUGGAGGCAGACGAUUUCCUUUUGUUUUGCGAGGGCCGUCGCAAACUGUGUUACUUCAUGCCUCUACCGCAGGAAGCUCCAGCGCAAACAAUGCCACUAAAACUUGGAUUAAUCUUUACCCCCGCUGCAAUUUCCUAUGAUCCACUGUAUGAACAAAUGUACUGGACAGAUGAAUAUGGAAGAAUAUUUCGGGCAUUCAUUAAAAAUGGCUCUACAGAAUCGUUGGUGACGGGAAUUGGCAAUCCACAGGGAAUUGCAUUUGAUCUUGUUGGAAGGAACAUCUACUUUGCCGACUAUUAUGGCGACAACAUCAGAAUUGCUUCUCUUGAUGGGGUACUUCAAGCCGUCCUAGUUGAUGUAUCUAGCCCACAAGCGAUCGCUUUGGACAGCGCUUCAGGGGUCAUGUAUUAUUCUUCACUUGGAAGCAACCCCAUGAUAUCUCAAGCAGAUAUGGAUGGUAAAAACCAACAAAUCAUCGCAAAUCUGUCAUCCAUUACCUAUGAUACUUUCCUUGACUUAGUUAUGGAUAAACCUAACAAACGCUUAUUCUUUUCUGACCAAACCAAUGACGUUAUCAAAUACAUCGACUUGAACAAUCUUACAGUCCAUACUAUACUUUCUGGAAAUCUUCAUAAGCCAACUGGACUGACGCUGUUUGAAGACACCUUGUACUGGACCGCCACAGGUGAAGGGCAAUUUUCGGGAGUCGUCUUCAAAGCAAACUUAUCUGAUGGCGAGGUUGCGAAGGCGCAGGCGCAGACUGACGGAUUAGGAGAACCAAAAGGAAUUUACGCUCACAAUUCGAAUGCUUCUCAAAUUCCUGUGCAAUCGCCGUGUGAAAAUAAUGGGGGAUGUUCACAACUCUGUGUUGUGAAUCCAAAUGGUAAAACAUGUAUGUGCAAGGCUGGAAUGGUGCCUGGGGAAGAUGGAACAUCUUGUACUCUUGGCGACGUCAUAUUUGUUGCCGAUAGCGAUGACCAUAAAAUCUAUUAUUCUGAGCUUACAGAGAGUAUUCUCGCUCCUCUGCCGAUCUCAAAUACGGAUACUCCUACUGGUAUUGCCUUUGAUCCAUUCGAAAAGCGGAUAUAUUGGACUGAUCCCAAACUUGGUAUAGUGGCUCGAUCCACAUUUGAUGGAAAGAUGUACGAAGUAAUACGCGCGAAUGUUAGUUCACCAACGGGCAUCGCCGUGGACCUUGUGGGAGGCAACGUGUUUUGGAUUAACAGCGGUGAAAGGACCAUAGAGGUUUCAAAGCUGGACGGUGAUCACUGGAAAGUGCUAGUUUAUAAUUUACAUUCAUCCCCGGUGGACAUCGCUUUGGAUACAACCAGAGGGUAUAUGUACUGGUCAGCGGAAGGAUACAUUGAAAGAGCAGAGCUGGAUGGAUUGAACAGACGCAUAAUUUCCCAUUUGGGAGAAACUUACUACGGUUCUAAGAUCGAUGCUAUGGGCCUCGCUUUGGACGAUGAAGUGAAUCGCCUCUACUUUGUGAGCUAUUAUGAAUAUGCCCUAAUGUAUAUAGAUCUCGACUCAAGUAGUCACACCGUCCAGGUAAUGCUUCGAAACUUUUUCUUUUUCUAUUUCCCGUAUGGAGUGGCCGUGGAUGAUCAAUAUGUCUACUUUAACGAAUAUGGAUUCCUUGGAAUGGUGUUUCGAGUAAACAAGAACGACACGACCGUUGAACUUUUACUUUCCGGCUUGGGCUACUCUAGGGGACUCGCAGUGAAAAAAGGCAACUAUACACGAGACAGUGAUAACCCAUGCGAUGGUAGUUGCAGCCAUCUCUGUCUGGUAAAACCCGGAGGUUACAAGUGCGCAUGUCCUGCUGAUGAUGGUAACACACAGUGCACCGAGAGCGAGCAUGUUACUAAUUUCCAUGGUUGCGAAAGUGACAACAGUCUGUAUUUUAUUGACCGGCACAACAUUAAAUGCAUUGAACUGAAAUCCGUUAACUCAACGUACGCCAAUAUUAAGACGGUGAGGUCUGACCUUAUCCUGGGAGGUGCAAUCGACAUAGACUAUCGAGGACGGAUGAUUUAUUGGAGUGACAACUCUCUUUGGACGUUGAAUCGAAUGAGUUUAACUUCUGGUGAAAAGGAGAUCAUCAUAAGAGACAAUUUGGGACAGAUAGAUGGAUUGGCUGUUGAAUGGGAAAGUGGUUUGAUUUACUGGACUGAUUUCAUCUACGAGAGGAUUGAAGUGGCGAAGCUUGACGGAAGCUCUAGAAGGACAUUGAUAUCAGACAAGAUUUUCAGUCCUCGAGGAAUAGCUGUCGAUCCUAUGAGUGGGUACUUAUUCUGGACAGAUAUUGGAUUUGAUCAUCCAAGAAUUGAACGGUUGGACCUAAAUGGUGAAAAUCGACAAAACGUGGUUACAUUUGGCUUUUUUGAGACUGAGCCUAUGAGUGUGAUAGUUGAUUAUGAAACUGAAACCAUCCACUGGGUAGACAGAUACUAUCAUGUGUUCCAGCAAGCUGACAAAAACGGGAGUACAGUAGUUUCCACUGCAUACAUCGGACAGAACAUAAACCCGGCAGAUCUGGCCUUGCUCGGCGACCUCAUCUAUUGGGCGGACAGGAAUAGUCGUAGUAUUGAGUGGUUUAACAAGACGCAGAAGCUAAGCAUGCAUUAUAACCUCGGACACCUCACUGAUGAGUACCCCACUGGUGUUGUGGUGUCAGACAAAUCGAGACAACCUGUUGCACCCGAAUCUCCGUGUCGCUUACACAACGGUGGAUGUAGCCAUCUCUGCCUUAUAGCUCCCAGUGGGGUCAGAAAGUGCGCAUGCCCAGCUGGUGUGAAAUUAGAAGACGACAAUAUGACUUGCAGUGACGACGUUAUACCAAAGCCACCUCCAAUGCCUGUGCCAGUUGUGAAAGUACGUCUUAGUGGCUCAGGCUCAUCUCACGAAGGUCGUGUUGAGGUGUAUCAUCAAGGAAGAUGGGGAACAGUCUGCGAUGAUCACUGGGGCAUGAGUGAGGCUACAGUUCUCUGUAAAAUGUUGAACUUCUCAGGCGCCAUCCGUGUGGAAUACUUUGGACCAGGAGACUAUUCGUUUCCCAUAUUAAUGGACAAUGUUAAGUGCCGCGGCGAUGAAAACAGUAUUGCUGCCUGUCAGCAUAAUGGAUGGGGAAUAGAGGAUUGUAGUCAUUCCGAAGACGCAGGAGUUGUGUGUAGCAAUGAUUCCGCUCCUCCCACUGAAGGCCCAACACUUUCGCCAGGACCACAUCCAGAACUAAAGGUUCGCUUGCGUUCUGGAAUCACUUCAAAUCAAGGAAGAGUGGAACUCUUCCUAAACGGUACGUGGGGAACCAUAUGCGAUGACUAUUGGGGAAUCGAGGAAGCAAAUGUCAUUUGCCGUAUGCUGGGGUACGCUGAAGGUGCUUGGAGCACACACUGCUGCGGUUGGUACGAUAGAUACAGUACACCAAACCAGAUUUGGCUGGACGACGUGCAUUGUGAUGGUGACGAAGACAGUAUUACAGAAUGCCGCCAUGGAGGGUGGGGAAGUCACAACUGCCUCCACUCCGAUGAUGUUGGGGUAGUCUGCAAAUACACACCAUUGCCGAGGCCAGGUCAAAUACUGAGACUUGCUGAUGGAAUACGUGACGGUGAGGGAAGAGUGGAGAUAUUCCAUGAUGGCCACUGGGGAACUGUUUGCGACGAUUCCUGGGAUAAAAAGGACGCAGACGUUGUCUGCCGUCAACUUGGGUAUCGUGAGGCUAUAAACGCUCCCACAAGGGCUCUUUUUGGAGAAGGAAAUGGUCACAUUUGGUUAGCACACGUAAACUGUUCAGGUGACGAAAGUUCAAUCGAAGAUUGUCAGCACGUAGGAUGGAAUGUACACGGCUACUGUUUUCACGAAGAAGACGCUUCGGUUAUCUGCUCGAACGAGACUCGCAGUCCAGAUGCAGAUGAUUUCUUGCUAUUUUGCGAGGACGACCGUAAACUCUGCCACUUCCAGCCUUUGCCUGCGCCCAAUUCUCAUGCACAACCGAUAUAUCUAAAGAUUACUCUCAAUUCUGAGCCAAUUGCAAUAGCCUACGAUCCACAAGAGAAACAGAUGUAUUGGACAGAUUACAAUAGAGCAAUUAGAAGAGCCUCCAUACAUAAUGGCAUGGACGAAGUUGUUCUCAGCGACUUUAUCUUAACGAGUAUACAGAUAGACACGGUUGGAAGAAACAUGUAUUUUGCUGACUAUUACUCCGGUAAUAUUAGAGUUGCCUCUCUUGACGGAACCUAUCAAGCGGUCCUAAUUGACGUAGAGUUUCCUCAAGGAAUCGCCUUAGACAGUGAAUCAAGGUACAUAUAUUAUGUAUCGCAUGGAUAUGUCACUACAACAAUAAAUCGAGCUGAUAUGGAUGGAGAAAACCAGAUGGCUAUCGCAACUAUGCCCUUCAUUAUAUCUUAUAUUCACAUAGACUUAGCUCUGGAUAAAGUCAACAAACGUUUGUACUUUUCUGACCGAACUCACGACAAAAUACAUUAUGUUAAUCUGGACAAUAAAGAGGUCCGCUCAUUCAUUUCCGGAAAUCUCCAGUACCCUAGAGGACUGACACUUAUAAACAAUACGCUGUACUGGACUUCUUCGGGUGACGGAAAGUUUACUGGGGCCGUCUUCAAAGCAAAUAUCACAGACAACCCAGUUGCUCAAGAGAUGGUUGUUGAUCUGACGAAUCCGUCGGCGAUAUAUGCACACAACUCUAUGAUAUCUUCCGGUGAAGCACGAUGUCAGAAUAACGGUGGAUGUGAACAGCUCUGCUUGGUGGCUCCAAAUGGCCAGACGUGUAGGUGCAGGUCUGGAAUGGUAUUCUCAGACGAUGGAAAAACCUGUACGCUUGGUGACGUCAUACUUGUUGCCGACAUCGGUUCCCGGAAGAUUUUUUACUCGGAGCUGACUAAGGAUAUUCCGACUCCUAUACCAGUUCCCGAGGGAAAAAGUCCCGUUGGAAUAGCCUUUGAUCCAUUCAAAAAGCGCAUCUAUUGGACCGAUUCCGCUCUCGGUAUAAUUGCCCGAUCCAAAUUUGAUGGAAAGAUGUACGAAGUAAUACGUAAUGUCAGUUCUCCGACGGCAAUUGAUUUGGAUCUUGUGGGUGGAAAUCUGUUCUGGAUUAACAGUGCCGAAGAUACAAUCGAAGUCUCGAAUCUAGACGGUGAUAACUGGAAAGUGCUGAUUUCUGACCCGAAACCAUCGCUGCAAGACAUUGUGUUGGAUACAAAAAGAGGCUACAUGUACUGGUCGGCUUUAGGAUUCAUUGAAGGUGCAGAACUUGAUGGAUCAAACAGGACAACAGUCGCACUGGGAAAUAGCUCCUACGGCUCUCCUCUCGAUGCCCUAUAUAUCACCCUUGACGUUACAUCUAAUCGCAUAUACUUCGUUAGCUACGAUGAGUUCGCCAUGUUCUACAUCGAUCUCAGUUCUGGAAACCAUUCAGUCCAUAUGAUUCUUCAAGAUUUUUUCUUGUUCUUCCACCCACGCGGAAUAGCUGUCGAUGACCAAUACGUAUAUUGGGGUGAAAGUUAUUGGUAUUCAGCGGUUCUGCGAGUCAAUAAGACUUACCACUAUGAUAUUUCAUAUGAGGUUUCGAGGCUGUCUGACCCAGGGGAAAUCGUUGUUAAAAAAGGCCGUUAUGAACAAGAAACAAUUCAUCCUUGUAGUAAAAACAGCUGCACACACCUUUGCUUUAAAAUUCCAUCUGGAUACAAGUGUGAUUGUCCGAAUGUCACAAGCGACGGACAGCCUUGCACCCCAUCAGUUGUUGUUUGGCCACCGCCGCCCACGACCGCGCCAACGACCACCAAACCCCCCCCAACGACCACCGAACCUGACUAUUGUGCCAGUGCACCUUGUAAGAAUGGAGCCUCGUGCAAAUCUUCAGUUGAUAAGAAGUUCCACUGCAGCUGCGUAGGAUACUUUGGGGGUCUUACUUGCUCGGUUCCUAUUGAAGAAGAAACGGUCCAGAUAGUCAUAACAGGAGUGACUGUAGAAAAGUUCAAUCUAACGGCUUUCAUAGUCUCGAUUGUGAAUUUACUAAAUGACGAAUGUGCUAAGAAUCCUGACUCAUGCCUUUUUGGCGAAAGCACUUCGUCUAUCGUCAAACGCGCUGUAGGCGAUGGCCCGUUUAAACCUGAAGACAUCUAUAUUCCUUCUCGUCCAAAAGAAGUUGAUGGAGGAAUCCAAGUGGAGUAUGCUGUGGUUAAAACUAGUGAUGAAGGCAAACCUGUGCCAGUGCCAGCUUCAUUCGUCGCUGAUGUGACCGAAAAGAAAGCAGCUGAGAUUGGACGUUCAGUUGGAGGAACUGUAACUUCAGUUAAACAGAAACCAGUUAUAAAAGCCACUUCCACGCCACAAUCCGGACGAUCGAAUGCAGGAGUGAUUGCUGGAGUUGUCGUGGGUUUGUGCCUUGUUCUCAUUAUCGCUGCCUUGGCCGUUCGGUAUUUCAGAAUGAAAAGGACUGGUAGAUUAAACUUGCCCUACGUGAAAGAAGUAGACGAGGACGAGUCGAAACGUCGUACAACGGCCUUUGAAAAUCCAGGAUACGACAGCGCCGGUAUUGGAGAAUAUGACGACAUAAAUCCGGUGGUCUUCUCUCCGUUUCAAGAAACGACAGAGGCCAGCGGAGUGUCCAAUCCAAUCUAUUCUGAGUUAGGCAUGACUAAAGUGACCUCUUCCGAAGAUGUCAACAAAGACGAGGCUAACGGCGAAUCCGCUGAUCCAAGAUAUGCUUCCCCAGGCGAGCUGCCAAAAAAGGAACCACUACCGGACGAUAAAGAGGCAAAGCCGGAGUACGUGGAAAUCCUUGUUCAGGGGGACGCAUACAAACAAGAAGAGCCACGUUACGCUUUACCUUUUGGUAAAGAAAAAGGAGCAAAGAAUGACCAAACGGCAAUUGAAAUGGAAAAGGAAGAAGACCGUUACCAGACACUAACAGGAAAUGAUGCUUGGCGGACCGCGGCAGUUUUGGAAGAUAACAAAGAGCCUAAUGAUCAAACACAAUCUUAAAUCGGCAGUCCCUGGAUUUAGUCAGCACCAACGAGAGACCUUAGAGGGCACCUAAUUAACUGAAAUUAAAAAGGAAUAAACGUAAAAGAGGGUCUCAAUGGGGUGAUGGCUUUUACGACUAACGGUUAAAAUUUUGGCCAUUUUACGGCAACCGAGUUAUUUUUUUCGUUGCUAUUAGAGGAAAAAUUUUACGGUUAACUCUUUUUUAACGACUAAUGGUUAAAAUUUUUCAGUUUUUACGCCUAACGACUAUUUUUUUUUUUUUCGUUUAAUGGCGUAAUGGUUUACACCAUUGAGACUCUCGUAAAGCACUUGCACAACAUAUUUUGGCUCUGUUGCAACUAUUUUUGCAACUGACCCCUGACCUCAAGAAACUACUUGCUGAUUUCUACUACUAAUGCUAUUGAUAGUGAGACUACCAGUUUCCCUAGUCACCAGCACUAACACAUGCUUUUACAUGAUAACAUUGACACAAAGUUUGUUACUACUAUAUUCAAGGUAACUUUAACUACUACCAUGUUUGGUGCUGCUGAUGACUUCGUUCUUUUUACUGCCCUUAUCUGCCAGGGUAAAAUUUUUCAUUGUUGUUAAGAGUUGACUUUGCGUCUCUUACCCUUUGGCCAGAGAUCAUGCCAGUCACUCUUUGUUAGCUAGAAAAUGAAGUAUUAAUCAAAUUAGUAAUCUUCUUAGAGAACAGUAAAGAAAACAUUGAGCUGGUUGACUGCAAGGUUCGAUCAGGAUUUCUCUCAUUUCGAUAGACUAAUGGUUACAUAGUGUCGGUAGUGGAAGGCAACCUUUUAACUGAUUUUUUUAAUGAAUACAACAAGGUAUUAUUCUUCGAAGGUCAAAUACAAAUAUCCGUUUUGUUCUUAAAGUAAGACGAAGUAUUGCACUUCUUUAAAAUCUUCUAUUUUACCUUCGAAACAAAAGUGUACUCUUGUUUUUUUCUCUUCUUUCUUUUAUUUUUUUAUGAGUGGGUGGAACAAGCUUUGAAUUAAAGUAUAAGCAUAUGUACAAUAAUUGCAGUGGUUUGAUCGGACAAACACGGAAAGGAAAGACAAAAGGAACGAAUAACGUGUUACUAGUGACUCGUGAUAGCCUGAGGAAAAAAUGUUCUUCAGAGUUCGUGUUGUCGGUUUCAUGAUUCAAAAGUAAUUAAAGUGGAGAAGGGAAUAGGGUGAAAAAAAGGGAGAUUUGAACGAUAGCAAAGGAGUGAUACACCAACUCCACCAACACCACCAGAUGAAAGUGAUAUUUUUUAAAGUAAUGACUGAGAUAAUACUUAGCACUGUAGAGUAGAUAUACUAUGCUAUGACAGCCUAAACUUGCAGGAAUUAAUCAGUAGGUGCUAAUACAGUGUAAAAGGUUUAGCAUGGGAAUGUACCAUUCUAUGCAUGGAUGUAAAAAGUCGCCAAUUUCUUGUCGGCUUCCUCACAGUGCUUAGGAUAAUGACCGAGAUAAUUCGUAUAUUAACUCACAACUUUUGUUUUUUUUUUCAUUGUAUGUUUAUUCUUUUUGAUAAAAAAUUGGCCGAAAGUAUUUUUAUAAAGAUCAAAAUUAAGAAGCCUCCUUUUGGACGCUCUCAGACAAGGAGCAAUCCAGGGUAAUUUUCGAAGGGAGCAGCUGCACCUGCAGGUCCUGUGCGUGCCCUCGGAUGAAAGGCUGCAAUGUUCUCCUAAGUUCCAAGUUAGGCUAUCGAGUGGCUAGCUUUGGGUUAGGCUUCUCUCUUGAUUUUAGCUUUGAUCUAGUUUUGUACUUCUUUUUAUAUUUUAAAAUAAACUGAAUAACUUCAUCGGCGAAA